AUGAGGUUUUCUCGUGUCAUUUGUGGUCGGCUACGACGGCGCACGCAUGGCAGCGUGCCGGUCAUGCAGCAGCAGAAGCAGCAGUGUGCAUGGGAAAGAGAGGAGACGUUGGCCACCUUUCCUCUGAGUAAUGCAGAGAGGACGGCAAGUGCGCUUGCAUUUCAGUUGUUAGAGAGGCACCGGCGUCGACACGCAGCAGACAUACAUGGGCGGGCCGCUGUGGGUAGUGGCGGUACGUCAGAAGUUGGCUCGCAUCCGACGCAGGAGGAAAUUCAAGAAGGGCCAUUAAACAACUCCCGGACUCGGCCCUCGCGUCUGCCCGCCGUAGAUGCUUUUACAGGGUACGGCAAAACUGCUGUCACGACAAACUUGGCGCACUUGGCGGAUCCACGGGUUGUGGAUACACGGAAUCUGCUGGAGGCCACAGACCGAGAGUGGGAAGCGCUGACGGCACGAAGCAAGAUGUCAGCUACCUUAACGGAUACCGACGACCGACCCAAAAUGUGUGCGUGGGUUCGAUAUUCCCGCGGCAACGCCUCGGCGCACCUCCCUGAGAAAUUCGGUGAGAAAAUUAUUACACCGUUUGAUGCCGUGAUGCGACGGUACAACUCGGUGGUGACAAAUCAUAGAUUCCGCGUUGUAACGGUGGAUGCUUUUUGUAGCUGGCGUGUAAACAUGCCUGCGAGCCUGACGCAGCGGGGCACCAUGCGUUGUGUUUUGGCACGAAAAGAACAGCUGGAUCGCCAAAAUGAAUGGCGUAAACUGAGGAAAUCUCAGUUGCCGCUAGGAAGUGACAUUGGCGAUGGUAAAUUCGAUACGGAAAGGAGAAAUGUGGAGAAAUUAUCGUCUAGCCGAAAUUUUAGCAGUAUGCCUUUUGCCUCUCCCGUAUUUCGUCGGUAUUGUUUGCAGUUUGGCAGUCAUACACUGCGGCGAGUGGCAUUCUUGACAGACCCUACGUUGUAUUUUGUUCUGUGUAACUGGCGUUCAACCGGUAAUGAAUCCCUUAUGGAAGUACGCCAGCAGGCGGAGUGCUUGAGCCACCGCUAUAUGUCGAUGGCAUAUCUUCCCUGA